UCAAAUAGUUCAAUCUAUUUAGCUUAACAAAGAAGGUUAAGGGGUGACUUGAUUACAGUCUGUAAGUGCUAUGUGGGGGACAAAUAUUUGCUAAUGGGCUCUUCAGUCUAGCAGACAAAGGUAUAACAAGAUCUAAUGGCUAGAAGUUGAAACUAGACACAUUCAGACUUUAAAUAAGGUGUAUAUUUUUUUAACAAUGAGGGCAAUUAAUAAUUGAAAUAACUUACCAAGGUUUGUGGUGGCUUCUCUAUCACUGGCAAUUUUUAAAUCAAGAUUGCAUGUUUUUCGAAAAGAGAUGCUGUAGUUGAAACAGGAAUUAAUUCAAGAACGUUCUAUGGGGUGUGUUAUGCAAGAUGUCAGACUAGAGGAUCACGGUGAUCCCUUCUGGUCUUAGGCACUAUUCAUCUAAAACAAAAGGACAUUGAGUUAAAUUAAAUGGUGGCAAAUUCAUAACUUUAUGGAAAGUGGAAUAUUUUUAUAUAGUGCAUAAUUAGACAGGAUUUUAUUGUACAAGAUAUUACCGAGGCUUAAAGCAUAGCCUGAUUGGAAGAAGAAAAAAAAAAAGAAAAGGAUUCCAUGUUUAUAUGGAUAAUAAGCAUCCAAAGUUAGAACUGUAAAAUAUUGAAAUGGCUUUGGAAGGAAUAUAAACCUUCAAGCUUCAGGUUAUAAACUGACCUUUGAUCUUCUUAGGGUAUGAAGACAUUUUUCCUGGGACAGAUUAUCCCAUACAUUUUACUGGAGGGCAGGGGUCAGAUUUGGCUCCGUGGUGUGAGCUGGGAGGUAUGGGGAAGAAGAAGGUUGGGAUGUGUCAGUGCUUUUCCCACUGCUGAAAACACCCACCAAUUAAUUUUGGUGUUCCCCACAACACAGACCACUUCAUUCUGCCCUUCCCUCAACUGAUUUAGACUCUCAUACUUCACACAGAACUGAUGCAGACCGUGGUGGGAGGGGGAAGACUGGCAUCAGGAUCUUGAUCCAUUUCCCAGGUUUGGAGGUGACAAAUAUGAGGGGGAGGAAUCUUCACUCCCUGCAGGAGGUCACAGGAGCUGAUGCUCUCCAAUCUGUGCUUGUGUGCUCCAGCCCUGUGCUUUCAGGAGGGAGUAGUGGCUGAUAGACCAGGUGUCUCAGAAGGGGGCGCUGAUGGCAUGGUGGGACAAGGUAGCAAUGGACUUAUAAAUGCUGUUAUAUGGUGUAUGGCCAAUGCUGGCUGCUGCUGAGCUCUGCUGCAGGGUUCUUCCUUUGGAAGCAGCUGAUACUGGUUGCUGUUAGAGGCGGGAUGCCUUAAUAUAUGAGAUACUGGUUUAUGUUAGCUGUAAGUGGAGAGUACUUUAUUAUGAAAUUAUUUAAAGUAACCUACAGUAGAAGUGUGUGCCUAUACUGUAGUGUAGGUAAUGCUGAAGCUCUUAUUCUUAACAAAUCCUUUCACCCUUCAGAGACUACGGAGAUUCCAUCUUAUGUGAGUAAGUGUCCCAGCAAUGGGCUGUGCAGCAAAUUGCCUCCAGACUGCAUGACAUGUAAAACAAACUUCUCCUGUGUAUAUGGGAAGCCAGCCACUUUUGAUUGCAAGAUUAAGCCACAAAUUCAUUGUGUUGAUCAGAGAAACAAUGAAGUGGAGAACUUCACAAUCAACAUGACUUGCCAGUUUUGCUGGCAGCUUGAACCUACUGAUUAUGUGUGUACCAAUUCUACAAGUUGCAUGACAGUCUCUUGUCCAAGACAACGAUAUAACGCCACUUGUACAGUGCAUGAUCAUAUUCAUUGUCUAGGUAAUCGUGUCUUUCCUAAGAUGCUUUACUGCAACUGGACUGGAGGCUAUAAAUGGUCUACAGCCUUGGCACUAAGCAUCACCCUUGGUGGAUUUGGAGCAGAUCGCUUCUACUUGGGCCAGUGGAGGGAAGGUCUGGGCAAACUCUUCAGCUUUGGUGGAUUGGGAAUAUGGACACUAAUAGAUGUGCUACUAAUAGGAGUUGGAUACGUGGGGCCUGCAGAUGGAUCUCUCUACAUUUAAGUACACACAAAACAUGCUUCAGCGAAGGAUCAAAUUUGGGAAAGGGCCUAAAAAAAGAAUGUAGAAAUUGGUCCUUAAAGGUAGAAUUAGGAACACGUUCCCUAUGUGCACAUUUUAAUGUACAGUAUCUGUACUUAGCCUGCCUUGAACUAAGGUAAAAUAAAUGAGUGGAUCACUGAACAGUGUUUAUUUGUAAUUUAAUUUCCUUUGGCUUGCAAGUACUGUAUUUUUUUCUAUGAAAAAAGGUUUGUUGCACAGCUAAACAAGUUGACUACUGUUCCUGAAGAAAAUAUAAACUAAUUAAAAUAUUAAUUUAAGAAUUGCUUACCUCAUAUUUGUAUGUUGUCUGAAUUUAGCUAUCUAACUAGCGUCCCUAAAUAUGCUAGCAAAAAUUUUUUUUCAUGUUUAUGGCAAGAUAAAGUGCUUGUGUAAACCUAAACCUACUUGGGCAAUAUGUAGAUUGCCAACUAUUGUAAUCUUAAUUACAUGUAGUUUCUUUUCUGCUUUUCACUUUGGGAUAUCACAAACUUAAUUUUUCUGCUGUAAUUGUAAAUUUGUGGCUUUUUAGAAUUAGUAUGCAAUAACACUAAAAAUGUAAUAUCUUAAAUCACUUGAGAAGUACACUGCAGGACUCUUUCCAGCAUUAUAGUGUUUCUGCUUGGCCUUGACCUCAGAGAGCAUUGUAUAUGGCAUAAUUUUUGUGCUCUCAAAAUUACAGGGUGUUAAAAUAAAUCCAAAAAGGAGAUCUGGUAAUUAACUUAUCAGCUGAAGAUUUGGUAACAAAGUAUUUUCUGAUUGAAAUGUUGUCUGAUGUUUACCUGUACUAACCUUCAGUGACAUUAUGGAAACAUUCUAGAAGUCUGUAACAUUUGUUUUCUGAUUAUUUUUUUAUUUAAAUUAGGCAAUUCAUAUUUUCAACUUUUUUUUUUUUUAAGUCCUACCUCUCACGUACAUGUCCUCUUUUUCCAAGGUCCUCUAUAGCAAUCCAGUCUUAAAUUGUGGGGCAAGACUCCUUGGCUUCUGCAGCACUAAACUGCACUACACUGAAAACUGUCAGUUAGAUAAACUUGAAUUGAAUUAAAUAUGAUGAAAAUUAA